CAUGUUCUCUUCUUGGCGCCCCCCUUUGACCACCUCGGCGUCGGCGACAAUUCAUUUGACCCAUUUCUUUUAGUUUACUCUCUCAUUAAAUCUUCAUUUAAGCAUUUCAUCAAACACCUUGUCUGCAUUGUUGCAAUGAGCCAGGCUGGAACCCCCAGUGGCGAUGCUGAGUCGCUUAGGCUUAGCUUUCAAGAUCUUAGUAUUAAUAGUAGUACUAGUACUGAGUAUUUUAGUAGUGUUCUUGAUAGUAGUAUAAGUAAUAGUAGUAAAUCUAGUGAUGGGAAUUUUGGGGGGAAAGUGGUUAAGUUGGAUUUGGAAGGUGUCGAUUGUGUCGAGAGUGAGAAGACUAGUUUGAGUUUCAGUUUGAGUAGUUCUAGCUGUUCGAAGAAUGUUGAUGUGAAUGAGGUGAGCUUUAGGAGUGCUUGUCCUUCGAAGCCUCAUAAAGGGAAUGAUUUGAGGUGGGAUGUGAUACAAUGUGUGAAGGCGAAAGAUGGUGAGUUGGGGUUGGGGCAUUUUAGGCUUUUGAAGAAGUUGGGGUUUGGGGAUAUAGGGAGUGUGUAUCUAGCGGAGUUAAGGGGAGUGGGGUGUUUGUUUGCGAUGAAAGUGAUGGAUAAGGCGAUGUUGGCUGAGAGGAAGAAGUUGAUGAGAGCUCAAACUGAGAGAGAAAUUUUGGGUUUGUUAGAUCAUCCAUUUCUUCCAUCACUUUAUUCACAUUUUGAAACGGACAAGUUUUCGUGUUUGCUUAUUGAGUUCUGUAGCGGCGGAGAUCUACAUUUGCUUCGCCAACGUCAGCUUGGCAAACAUUUCUCUGAAUUAGCGGCAAGGUUUUAUGCUUCAGAAGUUCUGCUUGCCCUUGAGUAUUUGCAUAUGAUGGGUGUGGUGUACAGGGAUUUGAAGCCAGAAAAUGUAUUGGUGAGAGAAGAUGGCCAUAUUAUGUUAUCGGAUUUUGAUUUAUCUUUACGUUGUUUUGUUAAUCCCACCCUUGUCCAGUCCAGUAGUCAGCCAUCCUGUGCAAUGGCUUCCUAUUGUAUUGAACCCUCAUGCAUUGAUCCUGCAUGCAAAUUACCUGUUUGUGUGGGCCAUUCAUGCUUCCAACCUACUUGCUUUAGGCCUCGUAUGUUCAAGUCUAAAGCAACGAAGGCUAAGAGUGAAAAACCAAGAUUGGUAACUUCAGAUUCAUUUCCAGAACUUGUUGCUGAACCAACUGCUGCCCGAUCCAUGUCUUUUGUUGGUACGCAUGAGUAUUUAUCCCCUGAAAUUAUCAGAGGUGACGGUCAUGGAAGUGCUGUUGAUUGGUGGACAUUUGGGAUUUUCCUUUAUGAAUUGCUGUAUGGAAAAACACCAUUCAAAGGCAAUGGAAACCGUGAGACAUUGUUAAAUGUGGUUGGCCAGUCUUUAAAAUUUCCUGAUGGCGCAGUAAGUUUUGCUGCAAAAGAUCUAAUCCGGGGUCUGCUUGUGAAGGACCCUCAUAAAAGAUUGGGGUUCAAAAGAGGUGCUACAGAGAUAAAGCAACAUCCUUUCUUCGAAAGUGUUAAUUGGGCUCUCAUUCGCGGCACUACACCUCCCGAGAUUCCUAGACCAGUUGAUCUGUCAUGCUAUAAUCAAACAUUAAAGUCAUCCUUGUAUUCUAAUAACAAAGGAGCUCAAGACUCUGAAAGGUCUUCAGGUCCCUACCUAGAUUUUGAAUUUUUCUAGAGAAAGUUUAGCAGGAGAAUUAGAGGUGUUGUUCACCUGCCUAGUGAAUUCCCAUUUCAGAAUAUUUGUAUCCGAUUAUGAAUAAUAAAAUUCUUCUUUCCCCCAUCAAA